AUGGAGAUGGAUGAUAGAUGCUUAUGUAGCGCGUCCCGUACGUUUGCCGUUAUGCUCGGCCGCAGACAAACUUGCAUCCUCCCGUCACUUUCUUUCUUUCCCCUGCUGCUCCACCCAUGAAGCAGGACGCAGGGCGAAUGCGUGCCACUGUUCCGGAGCGCGUCGUGAUCGCUUAUUUAUCCGUCUGAUAAAUGGUUUUGGAGCUCGCCGCGCCCGCCGGUGCAGGCCCUGCGCUCCAGCGCUGCAUCCCGCACAUCCAGCGGGUUUUCCGGGUCAGAGUGAGCUGCAGCGCCGCCGAGUCCAGCUGCGACAGCCCCAACGCCGGUUCCAGUAUCAUCGUAAACAUCGAGGACGGCAAGGAGGAAGAUUGCACUAAAGCUAAAGAGUACAUUGUGUCGCUAAUCAGUCCUGUGCAUAAGCACCGUGAGCGGUUGACUCUGUGGCUGCAGCGGCGACUGCAUGCCCUACGUGCAGCAAUUGAGUACGAAAGCUGCGCCGUGGUGCAGGUGAGGGACCAUGCACUGGAGCUUCAGGGAGGUCAUGCACAGGUAACAGCUGCAUGCGCUAUGCUGCAGCGCCUGAAGAUGGAGCACCGCGGCUGCCGCGACCCCCAGCCCUCACCCGCAGCCGCCGGUCACGAGUCUCCAGAAGAAGAGGAGGAGGAAGAGGAUGAAGAAGCUGGCGAAGAAGGAAGUAGUUCGGAGAGCGAAGGAGAGGUGCGGCCGAGGAGUGGAAGCUCUGGAGGUGUCAGUUCAGCUGGGUCAGGAGAAUGUCCAAUAGGAAGGAGACGAGACCUGCUCAUAGCAGCCAAACCUCACCGGCAGCUGUGCCGCUCGUCCUGUUUGGACCGUCCCAGCUUCAGCCAGAGCAGCACCUUACAAGAGUUACGAGCAGAUGACACCUGCACCGACCCGUCCCAGAAAUCCCUUGCUCCUCCCUCCUCCGCAUCCCCAAUGUCCUUACGUCAAACCAGCGAUCGAGAUUAUCAAACCAAAAUGGACUUUGCUUUGAAGUUGGGCUACUCUGGAGAACAGGUGGAGUCUGUGCUGAGUAAACUGGGGGCCAAUGCGCUAAUCAAUGAUGUAUUGGCUGAGUUGGUGCGGUUAGGAAAUAAAGGAGAUCCAGAGAGUCAGACAGUAGCGGGUAGUGCCAGUUUUGCACCACGGGCAGUGGGAGCCAAAGAAGCCGUAAGCCCAGAGGCAUCGCUGGAGGAAGACUCAUCAGACACGUAUGACAACCUCCGACCAAUCGUGAUUGACGGAUCUAAUGUUGCCAUGAGCCAUGGAAACAAAGAGGUGUUCUCAUGCCUGGGCAUUCAGCUGGCUGUUGAUUGGUUUCUGGAGAAGGGCCACAAAGACAUCACAGUUUUCGUCCCAGCAUGGAGGAAAGAACAGUCAAGACCUGAUGCACCAAUCAAAGAUCAGGAGAUCCUCCGAAAAUUAGAGAAGGAAAAGAUCCUCGUCUUCACACCGUCCCGCAGAGUUCAAGGCCGGCGAGUGGUUUGCUAUGAUGACCGCUUUAUCGUCAAGCUAGCCUGUGACUCAGACGGGAUCAUUGUGUCUAAUGACAACUACAGAGACCUGCAGAACGAGAAACCGGAGUGGAAGAAAUUUAUUGAGGAGCGACUCCUCAUGUACAGCUUCGUCAACGACAAGUUCAUGCCUCCUGACGAUCCUUUAGGCAGACAUGGACCCAGUCUGGAAAACUUUCUCCGCAAACGUCCAGUGGUUCCAGAGCACAAGAAGCAGCCGUGUCCUUAUGGUCAGUACAGCAAAAGUAAGAAGUGCACGUAUGGCCAUAAGUGCAAGUACUACCACCCAGAAAGAGCCAACCAACCACAACGGGCUGUCGCAGAUGAGCUUAGAGCUUUUGCUAAACUCUCUGCUGUAAAAACCAUGAGUGAGGGGGCACUCGCAAAAUGUGGAACCUCUGGGGCUGCUAACAAGGGAGAAAGUGGCUCAGAGGCAAAGCGAGUGGCACCCAAGCGCCAGUCUGACCCCAGUAUCCGGUCGGUUGCAUGUGAGCAGGAAGAGAGACUCUGUCCAAUGCGGAAGGCAGAGGCCAGUUCUGUACCGUCUUUAGUGUCUGCUCUUAGCGUCCCCACUAUGCCACUAACAAAGAGUCAUGCAGCUGGCGCUUUGAACACACGAUCAGCUAGCAGCCCUGUUCCAGGGUCUCUGCACUUUACGCACAGCUCGCUGGAGCACGCGGGCAGUGUCCAGUAUCCCCCUAUCCUAGUCACCAAUAGCCAGGGCGCGUCUGUGGCUUACGGCGAGCCGUUUCCCAAGUACGACUCGGUUGUGAGUGACCACGGCUACUACUCCAUGCUCAGUGACUUCUCCACCAUUAGCCUCCAAGACAGUUUCUGCAGUCUUGAGCAGCCAGAGCCUGUAGGAGUGGGUGGAGGAUAUCCUGGCAGAGCUCCCAGCAUGUGCCCAGAACCCGGCCGAAGCCAUUCAUCGGACUCUUUUUCGUCCUACAGUGGAGAAAUGUACCUCAACUCAUUGGAGGGCAGUCUGGACGACAGCAUGAAAUCUGCGCCAACGCAACCUUCGGCACAAACACGCCUUCAAGCCUUUGCUCACGGUUUCCACCAUGAGGCCUUGACACGUGUGCAGAGCUAUGGUACGGAUGAGCCCAAACCCGGACCUCGGAAGCAAACCUCCGCCCACCUCGCACCACACACCCAACACCCGGUUGUUGGUGCUCGAUCCAGCUGCCCAGGAGACUACCCUCCUCUCCCCCAGAACGUGUUGCCUUCUGUCAGCCCCUCACAGCCGGGCCGAUCCUUAGGCAUGACCCGCAUGGACAGCAUUUCUGAUUCGCGGCUCUACGAGAGCAACCCUCUGCGCCAACGCCGACCGCCGCUUUGCCGAGAGCAGCAUGCCAGCUGGGACCCUUUGCCAUGUGGCAAUGAACCCUACAGUUACGGAGGCUAUGGAUUAACCGGAGGCCUCAUGCCUUGCUGUGAGAGGGUGAUGGUCCGCAGCAUGCCCGAGAAGAUGGAGCAGAUCUGGAGGUCCCCGUGGGAUAGUGUGCCGCCUCCACCCCCUGCCACUCGUGGGCCAGCAGGGGAACACCAAGAGCGGCACCCUAUUCCAGAACACCAAUAUCAAACCUACCGAAACCUCUGUAACAUCUUCCCGGCAUAUGUGGUCCAUUCGGUCAUGGAGAAGAACCCUCACAUGACCGAUCCCCAGCAGCUGGCUGCCGUCAUUGUCACUGAACUGCGCUCUUGUCACUAAGCACAUCACAGAAGGCUGCUACCAAUGAUAUAUAUGUCCUAGUGAAUGAGAGAUUGAACGCCUGGAGCAUUUCUGUUGUUGUUUAGCUUUGAGGAUCAUCCUCCAGAUGUAAUUACAACUGGAUUGGAUGUAUUGGUUAGGAGGUUGGCUAGCUUGAUAGCAUUGAUGCUGCGUUGGUUAUUAGUAUUCAGUUAAGCCAUAUGGAAACAUGGAUCUUGUACCUAAAAAGUUUAGCAUAGAAAAGAAAGAAAAAAACCUUAAAAAAAAAACAAAUAGUUUCCAAAGUCCCGCUUUCUCCACUAUUCAGCUCCUGAGAUGGGCCAUAUUGUUCUUGAGGCUUGGGUGGCCAGAAUAUUUCUCGUUCAUAAAGCCGACUUAGAAGUGUGUUCACACUGAGAGCGCAACUUCGCCUGCCAGUUCGAUGGCAGAUCUUCAGAAUGUGUUAUUUUGUGGGUGAUGAUAACAUUUAUCCUUUGAAAAAGAGUCACGUGACAGAUCUCUUUGGUAAAACCGAUCAGAAAUGAUCCUGCACAAUAUGAAUAGUAUUGUGUAUGUAUAUGUGUAUUCACUUGCAUUCGCGUGUAAAUACGACGUGAAGCUGUGGUGUAUUUUUUUAUUUUCUUCAGUGUGCUUGAUUGAUGAUGAAGUGUGAUUUUCGGAAAGGGAAUGAUCGAUCGCUUGCGUACCUCAAAGCAUGACUUCUAAGGCCUUACAUUGGAGUGACCUCAUCACACAUUAAUGUGAAUAACGCUCGGCAGUUGUGGAGGUCGCAUUUGUUUUAUACGAGCGAGCGCUGGGAUGGAGAGGUUCAAAUGUUUUUGCAAUUGGCUGGGGUGAAACUGCAAACCUGCCCUGUGUCGUUUUUGUCUCGGCUGUGCACAGAUGUGUAUUUACGAAGCCAUUUUUAAAAGAUUGAGCCAAAAAGAUAAUCAGUGUAUGUUUUUCUGAUCAGAAAGUACAAGGUAUAUCUAGUUGGAGAAGUUAUCCAUAUGUAUUUCCUAAAUGUCGUGGUUGUAUUGUAGAUUUUAAGAGAGAUGUUUGAGCAUUUGGUAAGCAUGGGCUUCAGUAAAUCUCUCCCAGACAGCAUGUUAGCACUAUGCUUGACAGAGAGCGUCACUCGCGUUCGGCUCGUCAGUCAACUAUUUUCCAGUAUUCACAAACUGGGGAGGUGGAUGUGUCUCUUUGGCAAAAUGCUCCUGUGCAGCAUCUAUUUCCUGAUUGAUGCCUAGAGACCAGUGCCCCGUUUCAUCUUCUCCGCCCUGUAAAUGAACAUAUCUUCAGGAGAGUGAAUGUUAUCAGUCCAGAGAUGCUCUGGGUGUUUUUGAAAAGACUUAAAUUGCUCCUUCGUUUUUUUUCAUGAGCACAGGUGUGGCCCCGUGGGGCCCCGUUACUGCUCGUGGGAAGGUGUGACACACUGCCUACCUGUCUUUUCCUGUGCGACACACACAUGGAACACCAGGCUGUUGUUGGGUUGUUUCUGACAUUUGGCUGACAGUUCGCUUGCUGCCUCUCUUCCGCCCCCGAUUCUGCUUCAACUUGGACACAAAGCCCAACCUCCCAGCUCUCGAAAAUGAAAACAGACUCCUCGCCUUUCUGAAGGCUAUUAAAGAUUUUUCCUCGAUAGGUUUUUCUGAAUCAUAUUUUUAGAUAUAUUUAUUUUUUAUUAGCAUGUUUUAGGCCAGAAACAUAUUUAUUGAAGCACAUGCCAGACUCCGGUGGUAUUUAUUUUUAGUUUUAAAGUAGGAUCUCCAUUGUUAAAGCUGUGAAAUUAAAGGAAGGCGAAAAUAAAUAUCAAUUUCACACUUUUAAAGUAAUUGUUCACACCAGAAUUUGCUUUUUAAAAACCAAACAACAUUGUUAUCAUUUUUUUCAGUGGAACAAUAAAGAUUUUUAGCUGAACCUUGGUGAUUUAUACAGUGCAAGUGAACGGCUACUUGCACUUAUAGAGUCAAAACUAAAGUAAAGUCUCAGCUCUGGAUGGGCAUUUGCAAAAGCUGUAGAUCAAUGGUCUCAAACUCAAUUCUUGGAGGGCCACAGCUCUGCACGGUUAGCUUCAACCCCCUUCAACUAGGAAUGCCAUGAAAUCAUUAUAGAUUUUGGUUGUACGAUUAUAGUCUGAGGAAUAAAUCACGGCUUCACAGUUAUCAUGAUUAUAAUCCAUUCAUUCAUUUUAAAACACUACUAGUGUAGAAAAUCACAAGAAAACUCCUCAUAUUUUAAAGUGUUAUUUAUUGCUGCUCAGUAACCAAAUACAGCACAAAUAAUAAUAAUAAAAACAAACAAUAGUCCAUUUCUCUAAACCUUAAAAUAAAUGGAAAAAACAGGUUUUGUCAUUUAAACAUAAGUAAUAAUUUUACGCUGAAAAUAAACGACAGAACAAUGGAUAAAUUGGAAAGCGCCAGUGAGUCGCAGCCCUUACGUGCCCUGUUUGCCGUGUGUGCAUUGCUCCCAAUAUACGCACGCAAGCCUCAUGCCUUAAUUGGAAAUAACAAACUUGCAUGCGCAAAAGAUGCAAUAUGUGAAUGGCCCUUGGUUAAUAGCCUCAGCCAUAGUUAAUCCAGUGUGUGUGUGUAUAUUAGCCUCGGUGUACAAGCAAGGAACUUUAAACUAGGUCAUUGUUGGCCUAACUUUGCUCAGUUGCAGUAGUUUUGUUCCAUGCAGAAACGUGGUGUUGAGAAGCCUUUUCAAUUAAUUAACCAUGACUAUUAAAGCGCGGUUAAUAGUGAAAUGGGUUAAUUCUUGCAUCCCUACCUUCAACUCACACCUGAUUAAUAGUCUAGUAGACUUGAACACCUUGAUUAGUUGGAUCAGCUGUGUUUGAUUAGGGUUGAAGCAAAACUGCAGAGCUGCAGCCUUCCUAAUCUACAGACUUAUGCUGUAUAUUAAACGUAGGAAAGAACAUUGUUGUCUUGUACAGACCAAACUUUUCACUUUAUAAUAUUGUUAUAGAGCUACCAGUAUUAUUCAGCUUUUGCUUUGUUUAUAUCUCUUUCCUCAAAUGGGAAGUUAACCAAAGUUUCAGCUUAAAAUCUUCUUUAAUGUACAUCUGGAGAAAUAAUCUUGAAUGCAUAAAUUGCCAGCAGGUUUUUGUGUGAACGAACCCUUUUAGAGACUUCAGUAAUAAAUACAGCACUGGCAAAACUUUAUGUACUAUGAAAUGACUUUUAAUAUAUAUAUAUGUGUAUUUAUGAGGUGAAAUUCAGCUAGAAUUAAGAUCAGUUUGAAAAUGAAUUAAAAUGAAGAAUUUUGCGAAGGAUUUUGGAUAUUUAGUAUGACGUAUGAAUUCCCUGAAAGACUUUUAUGCCUGUAAUUUGGUAAACUUUUGACCAUGACUAUGUUUCAGGCCUAAACAUGUCUUUUUUUGACCUACGUAUUUUUACAAUUGGGUCUUGCCCUUUUUUGUCCCUCUGAACCUUGGAGCCAAAAAAAAAAAGUAAAGAAAAAUCUAGAAAAAAAUAGUUUCUUAUUCAGUCUCAAAGCUUCUUUUAGUUUGUAAAUGAAUAGACUGCUACCUGCUGCUUACGCUCUGAGGUUCAGACCCCCGUGCCAUUGAGCAGCAAGCUACCACACAUCAAAUGUCCAGAAACGACCUUUUGCUUGUUGAUACAAAUUGUAUCUAUUUCUUGAUUGUAAAAAAAAUAUAUAUUUCUGAGCUGUACAGUAUCACUUAUAUGAGUAUAUAUAUAUAUAUCUAUAUAUAUUUAAAAGAAGCUUAGUUUUGUUUAAAAAAAAAAAGGAUAAAGAAAUAUAAUGCCAUAAUGUCAGUGAUACCGUGUGUCACUCGAGUAGCCCAUAGAGAUGGCUUAUUUCCUGCCGGGCAGACCACUACAGACAGGGAUCUCUCUAUCUCUAUCUUUUUCAUUUCUUUCUCCAUCAUCUCAUCCCUCUCUCACUUCUCCAUUCCUCAAAUGUGUGGUUUGAUGAUGAUCUGAAAAGCGCUAGCUUACCUCAGUGGAGCUGAACUUCUGUUUGACUGAAAGAUUUGUAGGCUUGUCAUCUCUUUCUCUCUCUGUUAAAGGUAUAGAUUCAAGAGAGACACAUUCUUACACAUCAGUGUGCUCCUAAUAUAUUUUUCCUCUGUAAAUAUUGAAGAUUAAUGUCGAACCUCUUGUAUUUGCACAGUAUUAGUGCAGUUCACAUACACACACAGUACAUUAAGACACUCUUUACCAGCUUAUCCGAACAGGAUUUCUCUCUCACACACACAUAUUAGACAACAUGGGUUGCCUUGUCAACCAGUCAGCUGAUCACAUGCUAUCAUUAGUACCAAUAUAACUAAUGUAAAAUGUUGACUAUUGUGUUCGCACUUGUGUGAAUUUAUGGUAAAUUCACCACCGUUUCACCUGUAACAUAGUUUACCAAGACAUGGAGGUGCCAUUCCAGGUUAAAGAUGAAACUUUAAUUGGAUGGAAUUUGCACAGAUUUAGUUUUUUUUAGCAAAUAGAUGAGUUUGAGCAAUGAAAGUUGACGUCAUACACACACACACACACACACAAGUGAAAUGUGAGCUUUAUUGGAGUCUCGUACUGAAAGAUGUCCACACAAACACAUGAACAUGCGCACCUCGUAACCUGCCUUAUAAUUGAAAUGACUUCUGGUUUGUGAGAGUGGAGCACAUUCUGACUGUACAGCAUUGAGCUUUUCUGUUCUCCCAAGCAGAAGCUCUAACUGAGAAGUUCUUUUCAGCUCUUAAUCUCAAUUGGCGUCUGAAUGGACAACCUUAUUUAACUGCUUGAACUGUUUUUCUGAUUACGUUUUGGCUAGAGUGUCCCAAGAAAACGUACAGGACAAAUUGAGAUGAGAAAAUAACUAGCAAAUGGGCAUUUUAGACUGUCGGAAGAGAGGUUUUCUUCUGGCUGCAGAGCUGAUGUAAUCUGUACAUGUAUGUUUUAUCGAUAUCGAAUACACCAGCUAUAACUCGCUCACACAAACACACUCUCUCACCAACAGACUGAUUCUCAGGAACUAACAGAUCUAUUCUUAUUAUUUCAGCUCCUUUAUGAAAGAUAUUAUCCUCGAUGUUUGCUCUUAUAAAAUUGCGGCGAUUUGUGAAGUAGUGUGGAUGAUCUUGAAAACGUGUUCUUAAAUUCGAGUUUUGCCGUUCAUUUAACAUUUCCCCCUCCCCCCUCUUUGUAUUGUGGGGUUUUGGCGCCUUCGCAGGUCGACCGAGUGGUCUUGACACUUUUGAGUCUCGUGCUGUGAUGAUGAUGAUGAUGAUGAUUACAUACAAUAGUAUGUUUUGCUCUCUACUGAAUGAAACGUGUUGCUUUUGAACUUGUUUUCAAUAUGACAAAAACACGAACCAAAAAAUCUAAACGAAAAGAAAGUGACAUAAGGUGGAUAAACUUUAUAACGCUUUGGGUCUGCGGACUCAAACAAAAUGUAAGUCUCAAUGACAAAAGGUGUUUGUUCCUCUCAAUAAAGCCAGACUCUAUUUGGUUAA